GACAUUAAUCAGCGGAGGAGGAGAGAGGAAGCACGUCGCCAGGCAGAAAGCAGCCCCCCCCCCCCCGCUGCCGCCCUUGCUGGGGGGAAGAGGAGCGCCGCAUCGCCCCGGCUUCUCCCCUGCUCGCCUGGGCUCCGCUGCAGCUCUCCUGCGGGACGGCCGAGCCGCUCUCGUUGGCCUGCUGGGAGCAGCCGCGUCUGUGCCUCCCUGCCGGGAGGGGACCCUACCGCGGCGCCCCUUGGAUGCCUCCGCUGCCGCGCGCUCCUCCGUGCCUGCCAGGCGGCAGCAGCAGCAAAGCCCCCCUGGCGGUGGAGGGGCUUCCCGGAGUCUGCCUCUCGCUUCUCCCCCCAGCACUCCCCGCCCCACUCGGCCCUUGGCCAACCCCUCGCCAUCUCCCUCCUUCCCCAAGCAGUGGCAGGGGGUCCCCGCGGCCGGCCCUGCUGCUGAGUCCAGCAGCCUCCAGGGGGUAGAUUAGGCGGAGAGCGAAGGCAGCCCCCCCCUCCGCCCCGCCUGGCGCGCCCGCCUUCCUUUGCCGCAGCAGCAGCAGCAGCAGCUGUCUCCUCCAGGGGCUCGGGAGGAGCGCGGCCGGCCGGCUGGGCUGCGCCUUCUGCUUCCAGGCUCCUCGCCGCGGCCAGCAGCAGCCGCAGCCGGAGUGCGCACGGAGGAGCGAGGCGCAAGCCCCGGGGAGCCCCGCUCGCUCGCCCUGGCUGCAGCGCCCCGCCGGCUCGAGAGGCGUCUCCCCCGCCGGGCCCGGGUGGGCUGGGGCCCCGCCGCCGGCCGAGCCAUGCGCUGAAGGAGGAGAAGGAGGAGGAGAUGUCUCUGUCCAGGCUGCACAGCGGCGCCACCGCCACCACCACCAAUGGCUUCCCGGAGGACGCCGCCGCCGCGGGCGGGCUGGAGGAGGCCGGAGGAGCCGCGGGCGGCGGCGGCGGCGGGGAGCUGAGCCGGGUGCUGCGGAGCCUGGAGCUGGGCACGGUGCUGACCCUCUUCUACCAGAAGAAGUCGCAGAGGCCCGAGCGCCGCAGCUUCCAGGUGCGCCUCAAGAGCCGGCAGGUGGUCUGGAGCCGCGCGCCCGAGAAGCUGGAAGGCGACGUGGACAUUCGGGAAAUUAAGGAAAUCCGACCUGGGAAGAAUUCCCGAGAUUUUGAACGGUACCCAGAAGAUGCUCGGAAAUUGGACUCUGCCUUAUGUUUCAUCAUCUUAUAUGGAAUGGACUUCCGGCUGAAGACACUAAGUGUCUCAGCUUUCUGUGAAGAAGACGUUAAUCUCUGGAUAACAGGCCUGAACUGGCUGGUGACGGACACACAGCGAUCCCAGACACCGCUCCAGAUUGAAAGGUGGCUAAGAAAACAGUUUGAUUCGAUGGACAGAUCUAGAGAAGGCAGCAUCACCCCCAAAGAUCUGAAGGCCAUGUUGCCACAGGUCAACUACCGUGUGCCUAAUAUGAGGUUCCUUCGGGACAAACUCCUGGAGGUGGAAGUCAGGACCGAAAUGACCUUCAGCCACUUUGCACACUUCUACAAAAACCUGAUGUUCGAUGCCCAGAAAUCGAUAAUUGAGCAGCUGGAAUUCUCAUUCCCCUUGAGAAAUGUGGACCGACCAGAGCUCUGCCAGAUCACAUUGUAUGACUUCCAAAAGUUCCUGCAAUAUGACCAGAAGGAGCCCUGGGCUAGUGACAUUGCCAAAGUUCGGGAGUAUAUGUGCAACUACCUGCAGGAUCCCUUCAACGACAUGACAGAACCAUUCUUCCAGCUGGAUGAGUUCCUGAUGUUUCUGUUCUCCAAAGAAAACAUGGUUAUGGACUCCAAGUACGAGCGGGUGGUGCCAGACGACAUGAACUAUCCCUUAUCGCAGUACUGGAUCUCAUCCUCUCAUAAUACAUAUCUCACCGGAGACCAGUUCUCCAGCGAGUCUUCUCUAGAAGCCUACGCCCGCUGCCUCCGGAUGGGUUGCCGUUGCAUAGAAUUGGACUGUUGGGAUGGUCCUGAUGACCUGCCAAUCAUCUACCACGGCCACACGCUCACCUCCAAAAUCAAGUUCUUGGACGUGCUGCACACCAUCAAAGAGCAUGCCUUCGCCACCUCAGAGUACCCCAUCAUCCUCUCCAUUGAAGACCACUGCAGCAUCGUCCAGCAACGGAAUAUGGCUUCCCACUUCAAGAAGGUCUUUGGAGACAUGCUGCUUACCAAGCCAGUGGACAUCAAUGCUGACCAGCUGCCCUCACCUGCCCAGCUCAAGAAGAAAAUUCUCAUUAAGCACAAGAAACUGGUGGAAGGGAACCUUUACGAAGAGGUCUCCAUGGCCAGCUACUCGGAGAACGACAUCAGUAAUUCCAUCAAGAACGGCAUCCUUUACCUUGAGGACCCUAUUGACCACACCUGGAGUCCCCACUACUUUGUUCUGACAAGCAACAAGAUCUAUUACUCCGAGGAGACCUCUCACUACCAGUCCAAUGAGGAUGAGGAAGAGACUGAACAGAAAGAGGAGUUCAACAACAACGAGUUGCACUUCAGUGAGAAAUGGUUCCACGGCAAACUAGGCGGGGGCCGCGAUGGGCGCCAGAUUGCCGAGAAGCUGCUGCAUGAGUACUGCACGGAGACGGGCGGCAAGGACGGCACUUUCCUGGUGCGGGAGAGCGAGACCUUUGUGGGCGACUACACCCUUUCCUUCUGGCGUUCCGGCCGCGUCCAGCACUGCCGCAUCCAUUCCCGACAGGAGGCUGGGGCCACCAAGUUCUACCUGACGGACAACCUGGUCUUCGACAGCCUCUACAGCCUCAUCUGCCACUACCGGGAGGUGCCUCUGCGCUGCAACGAGUUCGAGAUGCGCCUGACGGACCCAGUUCCGCAGCCCAACGCCCACGAGAGCAAAGAGUGGUACCAUGCCAGCCUGACCCGCCUGCAGGCCGAGCACAUGCUGAUGAGGGUGCCCCGAGAUGGAGCCUUUCUCGUGCGGAAGCGCAGCGAGCCCAACUCCUACGCCAUCUCCUUUCGGGCAGAAGGCAAGAUCAAGCACUGCCGGAUUCAGCAGGAGGGCCGCCUCUUCAUGCUGGGCAGCUCGGCAGAAUUUGAGAGCCUCCUUGACUUGGUUAGCUACUACGAGAAGCACCCUCUCUACCGCAAGAUGAAACUGCGCUACCCCAUCAACGAGGAGACGCUGGAAAAGAUGGGCACAGCGGAACUGGAUUAUGGGGCACUCUAUGAGGUGCGAACCCCUCACUUCUAUGUGGAAGCCAACAAGAUGCCCAUGACUAAGUGCACGGUGAAGGCUUUGUAUGACUACAAAGCCCAGCGAGAAGAUGAACUCUCGUUCUGCAAACAAGCCAUCAUCCACAAUGUCGACAAGCAGGAUGGAGGAUGGUGGCGCGGAGACUACGGGGGCAAGAAGCAGCUCUGGUUCCCAGCCAACUAUGUGGAGGAGAUCAUGAACACCUCCGGGCCAGAGCAGGAUGAAGCUUCCGUGGAGAACAGCCCCCUGGGAAACUUCCUGAAAGGUUUCAUUGAUGUCCCUUCCUGCCACGUAGUUAUCUCCAAAGACGGGAGGAGCUCCAAACCAUUUGUCUUCACCAUCCAUUCCCAGCAGAUGUCCCACCCGUCCCAGUCACUGGACGUCGCCACGGACACUCAGGAGGAGCUCAACGACUGGGUGGCCAAGAUCCGGGAGGCCACACACAAUGCAGAUGCCAGGAUGCAGGAGGGGAAGAUCAUGGAGCGAAGGAAGAAAAUAGCCCUGGAACUCUCAGAACUGGUCGUCUACUGCCGCCCGGUGCCCUUUGAUGAGGAGAAGAUUGGCACGGAGAAAGCCUGUUACCGGGACAUGUCCUCCUUCCCCGAAACCAAGGCGGAGAAGUAUGCCAACCGCAGCAAGGGCAAGAAGUUCCUGCAGUACAACCGCCGGCAGCUGAGCCGCGUCUACCCCAAGGGGCAGCGCCUGGACUCCUCCAACUACGACCCGCUGCCCAUGUGGAUCUGUGGCAGCCAGCUGGUGGCCCUCAACUUCCAGACACCUGACAAGCCAAUGCAGCUGAAUCAGUCCCUCUUCAUGCUGGGGGGGCACAGCGGGUACGUGUUGCAGCCAGACAUCAUGCGGGAUGACCUUUUUGACCCUUUCGACAAGAGCAGCCUGAAGCUGGUGGAACCCAUCACGAUUCAGCUGCAGAUCCUCGGGGCCCGGCACCUCCCCAAGAAUGGCCGCAGCAUCGUCUGCCCCUUUGUGGAGGUGGAGGUCUGCGGUUCGGAGUUUGACAACAGCAAAAACAAGACGGAUGUCGUAGCUGACAACGGCCUCAAUCCUAUCUGGCUGGUCAAGCAGUUUGUCUUCGACGUCAACAACCCCGAAUUUGCCUUCCUGCGCUUUGUGGUCUACGAGGAGGACAUGUUCAGCGACCCCAACUUCCUGGCGCAGGCCACCUUCCCCAUCAAGGGCCUCAAAACAGGUUACAGGUCGGUGCCCCUGAAGAACAGCUACAGCGAGGACCUUGAACUUGCUGCCCUGCUGCUCCACAUAGAAAUAGUCAAUGCCAAGGAGGAAGAUGAUGAGAACCUCUACUCCUCCAUCCAGCAGCUGCGUGACCGGGCCAACGAGCUCUCCAACCAGGUGUCCAGCUUUGAGCACAGCAACAGCUGUGACUCGCGUUACCAGCAGAGGCUGGACGAGCUGCGGGCAGCCCAGGAGCGGCUCAUGGAGCUGACGGAAGUGCGCAACAGGAAGUUGAUGGAGAAAAAGAAGCGAGACAGGCAGCUGGCCAACAGGCGUAACUGAAGCAGUCCCAAGCCCACAUUCCUGGCUUGCCCCUCCCUGUGAGGGGCCUGGAGCAGCCUCCCCACUCCCUCACCAGACCCCAAGGUGGCCUUUGACACCAGCCGUUGCCUGGACCCUGCUCUGCCACCAAAGUCCCGGCUGGCUGGCUGGGGCAGAGGCCCACGUGGCUGCUGUCCACAGAGCAGGAGGACUCCCCAGCCGUGUUGGCAAGCAGGCAGCCCACCUUGCCCGCCCACCUCCCUGGCUCAGUGGGCACAAAUGCCAGCUAGGACUGAGGACCGGCCGUUCCCCAGCUCCUCUUACAGACAUUCCAGGUGGAUCUCCUCCGCGAAACGUUGGGCUGGGCUCCCUUGCAGUCCAUAGUAUUUUCCUCCCACGGGGCACAUGCGGAGAGAGGCCUUGCAUUUUUAUUUUUAUUUUUAUUUUGGUUGCAACUUGAAAGAGUGUCGGUGGCAGAUGUCUUUUACCUCCCAAGCUACUUUUUUCUUGCACAUUGCAAACCUGCAGCAGCUGGCUGAGAAGAGGCCAAAGGACCGGAACUGUAGGAAGGAGGGCAUGGAAGGGGUUGAUGGAAGUCAUGGCUGGAUCAAGGACUAGGACGACAAGAGUUGAGGAAGGAGAAGGAGAGGGGUGGCGCCACAGAAAAGGUUGAAUAGGUUGAUUGGAGGCGGGGGAAGGAGGCCAGGAUUGAGAGUCACCCUUUGCUUCAGGAUCACAGGGUUUCAGGCUGCUAUAGCACAGAUAAAUCUCCCCAUUUUUAACCCCAUCCUUAAGCACAAGCCCCAAUGCGACCAACACAACCUUGCUGCCAAGCACAGCUUGACCCUCUCCCCAUUUCAACAGGGGUCAUUCCCUAGUCAAUGUGCAGCCUCACUCUAUUUAUUUAUUUAUUGUAGGGAAAGAGGGCAAAUGUCUCUCUCCCCCUUGCCUUUCGGAGCCUUAAUUGGAAAGCAUUUCCUGAACCUCCUACUGCAGAGAGCAGAUGCUGCCCCCUUCAAGCUCAACGGGCGUUGGGGUCCUCAGCUGCUGCCAGAUGGCCACUCCCAUCCUCUCCAGCGUUUGGCUUUUCUGGCUGGGGCUGGUGGUGGGAGUGGUCAUCCAACCACAAACCGCUGGGGAAGGCCUUCUAGAACAGCGGGCAGCAUCGGUCCCAGGCUCUUGCCAGCAACUGCCAGGCACAAGGCCAAUGGACAGCUUGUCUGCUCUUACUGGCCAGGCAGAGCCUUCUGCUUUUAUAUAUCCUUCCCAGAGUUAGAGAGUCUCACUUACUUAUCACAGUCUUAAAGGAAGUGAGAGGGCUAUUCAGCCCCACCCCAAAAUGUCACCAAUCUCGCGGGAACACUUUCGCCAUUACUUGGAACAGAUGCUUCACUUCAAAUGCCCAUUUAGGUUGUAUCCAGUGACCUCUGUUGCAGACCCAGCCAGAGGCAUUUCUUCACACUGCUAUAACCUUUCUUUUGGCUUGCUUCAAAAUUCCUCACAUGUUCCACACGUGCUUGCAUUUUCACCUUGGAGACAGCUUCAAAGGAGAGAUCCGCUGCAAUUACCAUACCUCGUAGCCUCUGAGAGAGAGCAGAGUCUUCAGCAGAGGAGGAGGUCCAUUGCAUCUGCCAGAACCAAGAAUCGCCAUUCCAGGAAGGAGAUGAGGGGUCACCUAGACCUGCUUCCUAUCCCUGAUGAGUGCCUGCCCAGUCUCUAAGGAAGACCCCACAUCCCAUUACUGGACUGCUUCUGUACCCUGAAGAAUUGCCAGCAGACUGGCCCAGUUCCUACUGCUGCUGUCUCUCCCCCUCUCUCCUGUAAGCUGCAUUUGCCCUCUUCCAAAAGGGCUGUCAUACAAACAGGCUCACACCUUUGCUGAGAGGCAGGCUGGGGAAUUCUAGAGGAGGAACAGCUGGGAGGGAAGAACACCUGUAGCCUGUGUCUCUUCUGCAGAGGCUAGUCCAGAGCAGCGGGACAUGACAAAAGGGGACCAGGUGCAGAGGGGAGGCGGCAGUUGUUGGUCUCUAGUAGAGCAUUCAGCCUUUUGAGAAGCGCAGUGGCAGAGAUGAGCUUCAAAAGCUCGCCUGCCUGCGCCGACUUCAAGUCUCCGACUGGGUUGUGGGGCCCCAAGCAAGAUUUGGGCGUUCUGCUUAGCUGCUGCUUGUGCUUCCCUUUCCCACCCUCUGCAGCAGCAGAACCAUGAAUGCAACCCCAAUCAGUCUGUGCACAGCUGUGCCCUUUAGUCAGAUGGCAGAAUUUGGACUGAUGCCGGGAAAGGCAAGAGUCUCUUAUCAGUAUGCUGAAUCAAAAGAAGAGUGGCGGCGACUCCAGCAGGGGCUUAGCUGGAGGCAACAGCCCCAACUGACAGCUGCAGAGAAGAGCACCAGACUUACCCUGAUGUGUUUGUCCUUCACAAUGCAUGGAAGGUAUCCUGGACCAGGUUACACUUCCCCAUCGCUCCACAAGGACAGGCCGUGCCAAUUGCAGCCGCUGCUGUGGGAGGAGCUUGUGGCAGGUCAGCACCUGGCCUCUACAAUCCAGGAUGUAGGCACACUUCUGGCGGUCUGGCACGGAGAGCUCUUUGGGAAGGACAACCUGGGGGCACCUGCUCCUCCACUGCCAGAUACAAAGGCUCUUGCUUUUUAAUUGGCUAGUGGGGGAGGAGAGCCGGCCAUCUUAGAUGGAGAAGGAGGAGGAAGUAAAAAGGACAAACUGGCUGAAAGCUGAAUUUGGGCAGGAAACCAAAGGAGCUGCAGCAAAGUCCUAUAGCCGGAGGGGACCGGAACCGAGAGUAACUACAUCCCACAGAAUGGUAGGACAGUUUGCAAUAAAGAUGGCCCUGGCUCCCUAGAGCAAGGAGGAGGUAUAACUCGUUUGAAGAUACCACCACACACACAAACAAACACACACACACUAUAAGAGAGAGGCACUAGCUUCCAGACAAUGAGGGUAUUGUUAUGCUAAACUUCCACUACUACUGUGAGACCUGUGCAAGGUACACUCGGUCAUUUAACACGAGGUUCUUGGGUACCAGGGAUGCAUAGGCAAAGUGGGUCUAACUCCCAGAAGCCAACAGAUCCUGCAUAAAUAUAAGCAAGGUGUUCAUGUACAGGCAGCAAAAUGAGCUGCCAGGUCUGAAGAGGAACUUUAUGGAACCGCUUGAGCUACUGAAAUAAUCUCCAUCAAAGUCAUAGGGACUUCCCUAUAGUAGCAGUUGUACACAUGGUUGUUCCAGACCUGUUUCAAGCCUGGUGUGCCCCUCUGAGAACAGAGACUCUGGGCUCAAUACAGAAGAAAACUAGCAAGAAGUGCAAGCGAGCGGAGUGACAAGAGUCCAGCUCCUCAGAAGUGCAUAAGCCUCUUCCCUUGACCAGAUAGCAUUUGGGGCCCUUUCAUUUCCCUAAAGUCUUUCUUUAGUACUGAUCUUCGAGUUCACUUGCUUGAUUCAGUCGCUGGGAAAAGUGUGUCAGACUAUUAAAUGGGGGCUGUUGGAUCAGCAUCUGUUUUAAAAGCGCUUUCUGUGUUCCCAAGGAUAUCAUUAGUGCCUAAGUGUACAACAACUGACUAUGCAAAAAAUAUAAGGAUUUGGUAAUACACAGAUGGGAUGGGGAAAGAGGUCUAAAGGGAGAAGCAGAAUCUUCUUUCUUGGCCGUUCUGAAGCUGGUAGCAGAAACAUAAACUGAGCAGUUACCCAGCUGAGAUAUAUUCUGCACAACCAUGACUACAGACUUGUAGACAAACAAGUUGAAAAAUCUUAUCUUUCAAUAUUUUCAUUAUUAGUAGUAGUAUUAACCUGUACCAUUUUUAGAUGUAAAGAUAAGCUUUGAGAAGCAAGGGGAAACUCAGAAGCCAGCAAGAGGCUGGGCAGGGCAGGGCAGGGCAGGUAACCAACAAGAGGAUGCAGCUUCAGUGCUCAUCUCUUUAGGCAGAGCCCAGCAUUUGAGGUGCCACGGAACAGUGUUUCUAUAUUCAGUGUACAGCAGCAGCAGCACCACUAGCUGAGCAGUGACACUCCAGGAAGAGUCGCAGCUCAACUAAGGAACAGUCAGGAUUUCUGAGUUUACCCAGGUGCCAGCUGAAAGGAGGAUGUUCCAUGCCAGAACUGGUCUGGGAUCUCAGCCACUCUCUUUUGCAGCCAGCUCUGGCUGACUCCUCAGGUGGCAUGCAGUGGAUGGGAGAUAAGACGCUCCUUUCUUCAGAAAUCAUGUUGCUUUCACUCUCCUUCCUUUCUCAUCAGCAGGAGCGAGGGGUUGAAAGGGAAAUGUUGGAGCCAGCUGCUAGUUUAACAAAGAACACUCACAGAGGUAGAGCUCUGUGAAACCCUGUCGCUUCUAACCACUAGAACUGGAGGUGGCCUUUCUUCCAUGGGGGGUGGGGGGGGAGAGCAGGUUCUUCAACCAUUCCAAACCUUACCAUCAGUAUUUUUCGGAGGUUUCUCCCCCCCCCCCAAUUUUUAAAUUUACAAUAGGUUUGAGGGGUGGAGCAAGUAUAUUCCCCUCUGAGGCAACUGCCACAAGAGCCAUGCACUCCAAUUUGCUUGUCAAUCAUGUCUUUGAGGUGGGAAUCUUCUAGCUCUUCAUUUCCACAGUUACAAUACAGGGAGGGUAGAGUCAAGUAGGCAAUGGGCUUGCAUGGGAUGGAAAGAGGAAAACCUGAGAAAGCAGCUGGCCUGCCAACAGGAAACACAGACCUGCAGAGAAGUCCCUACAGUACAGCACGACCGUCAGGUUCAGCAUCUAUACUGGCCUGCUGCAGAUGGCUGAAGAGGAAGACCCACCUCUGCAAAGCGUGCAAACCUGGGAAACCCUCACCAUUCAGAGCAGAGAGAAUUCAAGAAGCACAAGGGAGUUGACAAAAUGGACCAGCACUGUUGCUGGGAGACCAUGUCCCUUCCAGUGUCACUCUGGGGAGAGACUCAUGUAUUCUUUGUAUGAAAAUAAAUCUAUUUAGCCAGUA